AUGAGUUCGGUUGCGGUUCAAGUCAUGCCGUCGCCGUCAGCGACUUUUUCCAAAGAUUCACCGAUCGCCAAUAAAUUGGCCUCGGAUCUUGACGCAAAACUUGUGUCUUCAUCUAAACAAGUUCUUCUUCAACGUAUUGAGUUCAAACCCGCAUCAAAAGCGGACGAGCAAUACGAAAAUUUGAAAAAGAAAUACGUCCCACUGAAUUCUCAGUCCUCGAACUACAUGAAUGGGAGUCAAGCUAAGCUUAUGCGAGCUGAAGAAAAGACAAAUUCAAACGAGGAAUUGCCUUCUCCAAAGGUCGUUUUAUUUCCGUGGAAAAAUGUCCAAAUGUCUUGGAAGCACGUUCGAAGAGUCGGCCCCGGAUUAAAUAACAUGGGGAAUACAUGUUUUUUAAAUUCUGUCUUGCAAGUUUUAACAUACACACCACCUUUGGUUAACUAUUUGGCAUCGAAAGAACACAGCGAGAAGUGUAAGUAUGAUAUUAGCACAAUGAUUUAGGAUUAUAAUUUUAAAUUCUCAUGUUUAAAGCACAAGAUGGGUCAACAGUUUGGAUUUAAAAGUUCUCUGUUUGAAGGAAACAAUCCAAACUGUUUACUCAUACUUGAAUUCUGUUUGUUGUUUAUUUUCAAACUUAAUCUUUGGUUUCCAACUAAUUGUUCGGCUCAUCCUGAUCACCUGAGUCAUCUCAAAAUGCGUUUAGAUGACCAAGACGAUCGUAUGCAAACACCUCUGAUGUCAUGCAGGGCAAUCUGAAUGAUCCGUGCAGCUGCAAUAAUUGCCUUUAUACUACUACAUGAGAAAUUUCUGCAAUUUGAUUGGCUUAGAGCAGUGGUAUUCCAGCUUAAUAAUAAUAAUAAUAUAAUUAAUAAUUAUUUGGCAUGCCUACAUGUGAAAAUUACAAACCUUGUGUGGGUAGUAGUAUAAACAAAUAAUAGCAUGAUUUCUAGUGAUAUGUGGCAUAAAUACCACUCGUGAUAUUUCAAAAUUGUCUCGAAUUUCACUCACCUAAUGGCUCAUGAAAUUACAUAUAACAAUUUUGAAAUAUCACUUGUGGUAUUUAUGCCAAAUAUCACUACAAAUCAUGCUAUUACCUAUACAAAUAGAACUCACGGGUAAUAAUCUAAAAUGCUAAAAAUCAUUUUAUUUCUGCUUUUUUUUUUGGACACCUGUUCAGCUUUUUAUGGGCAGUUCUCAAUUUUGAGACACAUCAACAAUCACCAGCUCAGGUCAAUUUCAGACCAUGUAAUAAGACCCAAGAACAGAAAAAACAAAACCAAACCUGUGCUUGGGUCUUAUAAUAGAAUUUUAUUUAUGAUUGUUAGUUAACCAUCUUCUCUCCAGUAGAAAGUUUGCAAGUGUUCUCAGCAAUGCUCCCCUCAUGGCUUAAGAGUGAAUUCCUUUGGAGACCUUCCACACAUACUCAUUUCGUAGUCGUAAACAAUCAGGUGCUUGACAGUUUCAUCUGAGCUCUAAUACAGUGUAGCUCAUGAUCACAAUUAUUGUUUAAAUAAUUAUAAUAUAUUACUUUUUAAGGAAUAGUAUGAUUGCCAAUCAAAUUGUAAAAAAUGGUUUUUAGAAUUAGCAGGAGGCACUGGAAACACUUGUCCUGGAAAUUUGAUUAGGUGGUUCAUUCGGCCUCAGAGCAAUUUAUUGGGAAAAUUCAAACAAUUUCACAGCUUAAUUCUGUAGGGCUUUCUGGUUAACUGCAGGCUUCUGCUUCUAAGGCUAGUGAAAAAAGUCACAGUCAAGCGUACCCCCCAAGAUUGCAUUAAUGGAUCGAUUAUUUGAAAAAUGAAUCUGUUAAGCAUUGCCGCAACCAGUCUCAAAUUCAAAUCUGCAUUCCUGCAUGCGUAAUGAGCCGUGAAUUUCUCACGCUGACUCCUCUGUUUUCGGUCAGAUUGAAAAAUCUUUGAAUGUAUGAAACAUAUAAAAAUAAUUGUUUUAAAGACAUUUACAUCAAAUUCCUUAACUUCGUCUGCAUAUUACAAAACAACAAAUGCACAUGUCAAAAAUCUGAGGCAUGGUUUUUUAGUCUGAUGUGUCAAGAAGCAAUUGCAAUCUUAAUUGAUUUCUUCCAUUUCUUUUUGGCUGACCUGGACUUAAAUGUACAGAAACAUAUACUUUUGCAAAAAGCUCGUCAAUUCUGAGACGCAUUAGUAAUUUAGAUUUUUUAAAGAAAUUGGCUGUAAUCUGCAACUAUUAAGCUUUCAGAAAAUGUACAGUUUGUAGGGGUAAUUAUUAAAGUUACAAUGGCUAACAUGAUCUGCACAAAGAUGGUACUGAAGGUGGGAUGAUACCUUAAGCAGCACAUAUCCAUUAAGGUCCCCCCGUUUUAUCAUAACACUUAGCACUUCUGAUUUAAAUGACUGUGACUUCAACUCCUCGUUGUUUUUACAGGUAGAACAGUUGGUUUCUGUAUGCUCUGUGAGCUGCAGAAACACAUCAUAAGGACUUUCAGUCACCAUCAAGGAGAAGCCAUCAAACCCCUGGCAAUUAUUCAGAAGCUUAAAUGUGAGUUGGAGUCUUUCUAUCAUUUGAUCUAAAUUGGAGGCUUAAAUUCUUUUAUCAAAGGCCCCAGUGACAGUUUGGACAGCCCAAAAACCAUUAACUUUAUUGUGUGAAUUAAACCACUCAAACCUGAUUCAGGAUUCAAGCCAAAUUAGAUACAGUCAACUUCCAAUAACUUGAACAUUCAAGGGAAAUCAAAAAAAUUUAAGUUAAUUGGGAGCUCAAAGCGAAUAACCGGAAGUAAGAGAAAAAACAGUUUUUACUGUACUAACAGUUUUUACUAUACUAAACAUUUUAAUCACAUUUAAUUGUAGAAAAUGUCAAGUGAAAAUGGAACAAUGCAGCUUUCAGAUUAUAAAUCAGAAUGAAACAUAAAAAGCAUAGCUUAAAUAGAGCAUAUGUUUCACUGUUUCAAGAAGUAAAGCUGUUUCACUGUAGAUUUGAAACAAACAAUAUUAGCCUCCACAAAUAAACUAUAUGGCUACAAUACAUCAAUAGUAAGUUCAAUGUUUCGGACUGCAACAUCUGGGGUAAAAUUAUAUAGAAGUGAUCUGAGGGGAACCAAGAAUUCCUUUGAAUUGCGGGAAGUUUGAGUUACAUUUGUAGCAAGGGUUCAAGUUAUCGGGAAUCAACUGUAUGUUGGACUCAUCAAUUUAAACACUAGUCUUUUCAUGUACAUGUACUUAAUGGUAAGAAUUAGUUUCUGGGCAUGAAAAGUUUGAUGUCUGAACUGGGUCAGCAUGUUCUAGCCAGUUCCACUCUGACUGGUAGUCUUUUUUUCUCAGUCAUGCAUCCUAAGUUCCACACAUUAGCCAUUCUUGUAAAUUUACUUCAUCAAUAGCUAACAACAAAUUGAAGGCUAGCCUGUGAACCGCAGACGUAUUUCCGCGUCUGCGGUUCGUAGGCUAAUUGAAGGGUGGCCUGGAAUAAAGCUGCCCCACAAGUGACUUUUGGUAAACUGGUAGAUUCUCCUUUCCAUUUCCGAUGAAUUAAAGGGAGAAUUUGGUAGCAAUAUGGCCACUGUGACAUCAUGUGAAAACACUCUAUUAUUAUGUCCCCAAAGUUUCUGUUGCUUAGUAAUGGUUCUCUCUUCUUCAGUCAUUGCAAAACAUUUAAGGUUUGGCCACCAAGAAGAUGCUCAUGAAUUCUUAAGAUAUGUCAUCGAUGGCAUCCAGAAGAGUUGUCUAGCUGCAGAUGGCUACACAGAGAAGUAAGUGAUAUGUUUAGUACAGUCUCCUCACUAGGCAGGGCUUCUGAUAGGUCGCGGAAAAAAAGUCAAAUUUCAGGGGAUUUUUAGGGACAAAUUCAUGGAAACAUCGACUGAUUUCGCAGGAAUUUCGCGGGAAUGUUCGGGGCUAAAUUGGCUAAAAAGCAAUCAGUUAAAAAAACGGCAGAAUUUGUGGUUAUUUUCAGGGUAAGUUUCGCUAGAAAUUGAUUGGUUUUGUGCUGAUCAGACCAGCGUUUUUAAUGUUUUUCUAACAGAGGUCAUCAUUUGCUCUUUCAACAACAAUAAGCUCCAGAAAUGAACCAAUGGCAAAGCCUUUAACAUCAUGGCUUGUGCCCAGUUUUUUGCAACAUAAUCUACGCCUUGUAUUUUCGGGCAUUGUUUGCAUGUUUCAGUGAUGAAGUUUCAAGAUAAAUUUACAAGUUUACAGCAAGUAAAUAGCCCCAAUAGCUUAGACAAGUUUCAAAAAUGCUGUACAGACAUGUAUUUGAUAAGAUUUCCACCAAAUUUCGCAGUGUUUUGCGUGUUUUUGUGAAUUUUGGGGGAUUUCGCGGAUUUACCUCAAUUUCGUGGCUCUGAGGCCACACGAAAUAUCAGAAGCCCUGACUAGGAAGGCAGUGCAUUUGUCUUCAGUGAUGAGAAUAUUCAAGUAGAUGCUUAUCAACCAUGACAAAUGUUUUUUGUUUGAACGACCUGAGGGGAGGUCAUUAUCUGAGUCGGAUAUUGAUUUUGUUGCACUGUAGGCUUGACAGAAUGUCAAAACAGACCACAAUGGUACAUCAAGUAUUUGGAGGCUAUUAUAGAAGUCAAGGUAAGAAUCAUAGAAUAUAUUUUUUACUAGCAUCAACUCCUGUGCAGAUUGACGAUCAGUGAAUCUUAGAGAGGUGUCCAAUUAACGAAAAUUAAAUUAGUGAAGAACGGGAAGAACCAAAUCUAGUUGUCCUUUGUCGUAGAAGAGUCCUCAUAAGUAGAAAGUUGACUGCAAAAAAGUUUGAGGUUAAUUGAUACAAUAAGUUGUGGACCCAUUUUUUUCCUGGAUUUAUGCUCUUAGGGAAAGUCCAUUAAAUCCAGGGAAACUAUGUUAAUUGUGUUCAUGCUAUCGGCAAAAUCUUAAGCCCAAAACACUUUUAGUUUCAGUGUGCUUGCAAUGUUAUGUAGUACAAUGUAUAUGUUUUACCUAUUUAUUAUGUUUAUUUUUAGUGCGAUGUUUAAAGUGCAAAAACAAUUCCAACACAUUUGAUCCUCUAAUGGAUAUAAUGCUUGAUAUUAAGGUAAAAUUGUUAAAUAUAUCUUAAAUGAUAAUUAUUUAUGCAUAUGUAUAAUCAUGAUUCAGUUACAUUUUUGAAUCAUUCAGUAAUAAUAUUACUAUUUAUAAAAUAACUAAGAUAUAACACACCCUCUGAUUGGCUGAGAGGCAUGUUUUCAUGAGAGUAUGUAAACAUGGUUGUGACAUCAAGAUGUUUUGCUUGUUGCACAUGGAAAACAUUUUCUAUUGCUUGAAUGUGAAUUUGUGGAUAGAGUAUUUAGAUAGGAAUAAAAGGCAAUUUCCUCUAGAUAGUACAUGAUUGUGCUAAUUGUUAUAGUCAUGUCCUGUUUUCUGCUUUGCCAGCAUUUACCAUCUGUCGAGAAAGCGCUUCAAAGAUCUGUUAAAAUUGAGUUAUUAGAUGGAGAAAAUCUCUAUAUGUGCCCAAGGUUUGUAAUGUUUUUUUUGUUAAAUAAUUUUGUUGUUGUUGUUGCAGUUAAUUUUCUUUAUUUCAGUCCAUUUUUGUUUUUUGUUAAUUUUUUCCUUUGUUUUAAAUUCAUUACCAUACAUUACCUUACCCAGAAACAAUGAAAAAACAAAAAUUAACUGCAACAUAUACCACCAUGUUUUAUGGUUGCACACACAAAUAAAGUAAUAGUGAUUAGUAAAUCUUAAUAAAUUAUCCUCUGACCUUUAAGGGCUUUUCAGGGAAAAUUAAGGAAAAUUAAACAAAACUCAAGUUAAAAAAUAAGAACACUGAUUUUGGCGCUGCUUCGCACAUGGGCUUAACCAGAAUUUAGUUUCCUCUGUUUGGCCCAGCUGCAGUACCAGGAGAACAACCUUACUUCAUCUGCCCAUCAUGUUGUUAAUAGCUUAGAAAAAAGAGCUUGAUUUUUUUUAUUUCAUUGUUAUUUUUUUAUCGUUUUCAGGUGUAAAAGAAAGGUUCCUGCCCAUAAACAGUUUCUUAUCCACAGAGCACCAAACAUUUUAACGUUACAACUCAAGAGGUACCUUUUAUAUUAUCUCUUCUUUAAAAGUAAACUGCUAUGCUAUACACACUAGCAAAAGAAGGUAAAAAACAAAAAACUGUUUUAAAAUUACCAGUGUGCAUGCAACUAGGUAUUGCUCUACCAUUUUUGCUCUUGGGCUGAAAAAAUAAUUCAGUUUGAACAAAUGGCUUGCCCGUUUUUCUCCCUUGCGAUUUCGCUUCCCAGCUGUCUCCCUGUUUUUCAACUGCUAUGCAUCCCAGAACUGUUGCAUCAAGCAAUCAACAAUUUCACUUAUAAUGUCAAGAAGUUUUUUCGGAUUACAUUAGUUGAUAGUUAAUGUUAAUUAUUUGUUAUCAUGUUCAUGUCCAUAGAAGAUUUUUUCAUCUUUUUCUUUCGACGAAUUUUGCGAGCUUGCGCCAAGAAAAAAAGAUGUAAUACUUUUCUCAUUUACCCACUCCCACCUCGUUGAACUGGUGGUUAAUAAAUUCCCGGCGGUUCUUAUUUUACGCACAUGCUUGCUGACCUCUAGACAAAAAAUAGAAGGUCUGUGAACAGGCCACCCUUUCUCACGUUUCCUGUGGUUUUGAAAAGGCAGAAGAAUUUUUACGUAUUUGUUGGGACUUUCAUCUGACCCCUUCACAGCCCUUACCAACUGCCCCUCCCGCCUUGGGAACAUUUUGUCACCUGGUUUUCUGGACGAGCGCAUGUCUCUAACCUGUUAUUACUGCUACUUAUUACUUAACGCUGUAUAUGUUUUCCUGUCUCAUCUCAGAUUUGAUUACAAUCAGAUUUUUGGAGGGAAGAUAUCAAAGCAUGUUGAGUACUCUGAGUUCUUGAACCUGAGGCCAUACAUGACAUCACCGGUAAGAAAAAGGAUGUGUCACUGAACCCAAAAUACCAGGAUUUGUCUCUCGCUUUGGCCUACGAGAUACUACAUUGACUGGGAGAACUGAUGUUGGUAUUUUUGGAUAGAUGAUCACUUAACUUUGUACAAGAUGUGGUCACACAUGUAUUAUCAUUUCCUCUUGAUUCCAUCACGAUGAUGCGUCUUAGUAGGGUUGUCACUAAGAUUUCAAGUUGCUGGGUAAAUACAACAAGUAGGUGGGGAAUUAAACAGCUAAGGGUUUAUUUUGGUUCUGUUUUCUUCUAUUCUCCUUUGCAAGUAACCGGGGCCACGUUCAUAGCAGCCGGGGGAAAUCCCCGUCUCCCGCCUCUUAAUGACUGAACUGUCAGCGAUCUAUCUACGAUUUUCUUAGCGAGCUAAGCAGAAUGGCAGAAUGUUUACAUGAGAUGCCCUUUACGUACAGGAACCACAGUAUAAAGAUUGGCAAAUCGCAGUGGGAUUGCCUAGAAAUCGUCACAAAAUCGCGUUAUAAAUCGCGCAAAAAAAAAUGGGCUUUGACAUUGGUUCUUUCCGUGUGAUUUUCAGGGUCCUCCUAUCAAGUACCGUUUGUAUGCAGUUCUGGUUCACUCAGGAUAUUCAUCUAACUCGGGCCAUUACUACUGUUACAUCAGAGCUUCAAAUGGCGUCUGGUACCAAAUGAAUGACUCUAUUGUAAGUGAAAAACAUUGUCCUUGAACCUUCUUUUGAUAACUAACUGAAUUACAAUGUAUAUAGACCUUUUAAGGUGCUUAGGUCCGUUUCUCGAAAGUCCCACUAACUUUUCGGGCCCGCCUUAAAUGCAAGCAUUUCGAAGAUAAGACACCUAUAUAUCCGAACCUAAAAGGUACACCUUAUUUUCAAAGAUGUUGCUUAUUUUUGUCAAUUAUGGACUCGUGAUUGCAAACUGCAGGAACUGUUUUAUUAACAGAAUCACUUCAUAAAAGAGGAAUUUCGGGGCAUAAAGUUGAGAUAACGUAAAAACUUAAUAGUAUUCUAAAAUCUUCCCCUGUUGUCCCCUUUGUUAUGAAUUUUUUUAGUAAGUUUUGGUGUAGUUACCCUGGGAAGCAGAGGUUUUUUUCUCGCGUGCGGCGAGGAGCUUCGUCAGCCGAAGGCCGAAGACACGAGCGGCGGGUCACUAUAAAGACUUGACCAAACCGGAAACCGCGCAUGAAAAGCCUCUGGCACCCAGGCUAAAAGGUAGUGAACAAAACAGUCGUUUUAUAAAUGGUGAUCAGGUGAUUUUGUUUUUUUUUUUAUUGCCAAACAGGUUCGUCAAGUUGCAAUGAAAGCUGUACUAUCCCAACAAGCGUACUUGCUGUUUUAUACCAGAAUUAGUCCUUCAAAUGAAACUUCCAAGGUUAGUUGGUUCUUUAGUUCAGUAAAGCUUUAAACCGCCCUUGAGGAGCCACGAUCACGUAUCAGUCCCUUUGGCCUAGGCGGAUGACGAAAAAGAAUCGAUUGACCUGUACCCCAUCCAAACCUCUUGUUUCAUUGGUCCCUAUAACCUGCACUACCUAUUGUUUUCAGGGAUAGGGGCUUUGUUAUGUCACCAUCCCUAUUGUUUUCUCAGCCAAUCACAACCUUGUUUGGAGUACUGUAGGUACAGGUCGGCCCAAUAGAAUAGACCGUUUCCUAGUUUCAAAAACUCUCACUUACACAGGGAGGCUAAAAGAUGAGUUUUAUUGGCAGGAGAAUAAAAAUCAAUUUCAUAUCAAUAGCUUCGUACUUAUCCUCGCUUUAAAGAGAGGCUUUGAGCAACUCGGAAAUAGCCUAUUGCACUGAUGUCAAAGUAAAUCUACACCGCUUUAUAGAGUGUUAUGGUAUUUUUGGGAAAGACCUAUCAGUACAAUAUGUUUUUUUUUAUUAAUUUCUAGUCGCCUUUACUGAGCUCUCCUACAUCAACGCCAAAAACUCCUGUCCCCCCGAAAGAGCAUCUACCAAAGGUCAUCCAACAGAAUGGUAAGUGCAGUGUACAUUUAUAAAGUACUAUUGUGUAAAUGACAAUUUUGUUGAGGCGAUUAGACAUGGCUGUGAAAAGUUGAAUGCUUGGAACUGGAGAUUAAGAUAGAAAUUGUAAGUAGAACAGGAAGUUAAAAUCUGUUCGGAAUGUCAGUUUUCAAACCGGUGACUGAAUGUGACCAUUCGUCUUGGAAAUUUGUCAGUAAGAAGCGAAAGAUUCCAAACGUUAUUUAGAUCAAAAGGCUGCCCCCUUCUUUUUGUGUGAUUUGCUUAACAGUACAACAGAAAGCUCUCUUGUCUAUUCACUUAUAUUUACCCACGACACUGUUGUUACAAUUAUUUUAAAUAUUAUUCUUUCCCGAAUUCUCGUUUCUUAGAUGUCGGAACGUCUGUCAAACCCGGGAUUUAUUUCAACCGCACUCCAGCAUCGACCUCGACCAUGCCGAAGCCAUCAACAACGCCCUCAACAAAUCACGCGCCCUCUGUUCCCUUAGCUUCAUCUUCGCAGAGACCCAAGUUUACAUUCACCAUUCCCGUCAAAUCCAAAGGAGUUAAAACAGAUUUGAACAAAGCAAAGACGGAGGAGAAAGAACUCGGAGAAAAGAGCGAGAAUAUCGUAGGUAAAGACAAGGUGGGCAGCCUCUUAACAGGAGCAACUCGCUCAGAGGUCAAGUCUCCAAUAACAUCUUCAGAGAAAAAGCUGGAGGCAGUUACUGAGUCGGAGGCUUCACAAAAUGUGACGGCAAAACCAGAUGUCAGUAACAAAGAGAAAAUUAAGGACUCCUCUGAGAACGUUCCACUGAGGAAAGAAGGAAAAGAGGGGUCUGUUUCUCCGUCCAAGAAGCCACGCCCUCCACCCCUCUUUAUUCCAAGAGCUGUCGCGCAAGGCAAGGGGACGCCAUUGUCUGUAGGUAAGCUGCGUUUGAACAGCACAAGUGAACUCAAUGAUAGAUAGAUGCGAUUCUAUCAUAGAUGGACCGUUGCGCCGUUUGCUUGUUGCAUAGGUCAAGGAACUAUUCUCCUUCAACCCUAAUUACUUUCAUGUUCUAUUUCGACCGCUGAGGUUUUUCAUAGCUGCAAGAACAUACCCGGCUUUCACUUGGCCCGGUUCAGACGCCUUACUUCGCACCAGCCGACUAGAAUCAAAUUAAUUUCGGCCGGUUGAAUUGCUUCCGAAUCUACGCCCGUCCUUGAAGGAGGGCUUAGCCGAUUCUAAUAGGCCACUUUCGAGUUCCAAAAACCCUCUCUUUCAAAAUGAGGCUAGGUGCACAACCUUUCUUGUGAAAAUGAGUUUUAUUUGCAUGAGAAUGAAAAAUGAUGUCCAUAUCAAAGGCGGAGCACCUACCCUCGUUUUGAAACAGAGGCCCGGGGGAACUCGGAAAUGGCCUAUUAAAUUAACCGUUUCGAAUUGAUUCGGCAGACACCCUUCUUCGCUAACCUUCGAUUCGGCUCAAGUGAAGUACGGCGUCUGAACUGGGCUAAUGUAUUCAACACUUUAUAUGCUAACUGAUCAGUUUAAACUCCGUUUUGAACCCGUUCCACAUAGAAAAUGUAAUAUGUCUUUCAGCAAAAGCAACCACGCCGUGGAAAGUCACUCCCAAGACCACCUCUGAGCCAGUGUUUGGUCCCAUGUCCCCUCCCCCGCGGGGGACAAUGCCACCGCAACAGUCACCAUCGUCAGCUAUGUCUGACACCAGCAGUACCUCAAGCGUGAUGGGAAAAACAGGCGAAUGGACAGUUACCGAUAAGACGGUGCUUACACCAGGACCCAGGCUCCCAGAACGACAGCACGCCGGCUGGCAGGUGUCGAGGAAGAGUGAGGACGAAAAAGAUGACGUGGGUGAAGAUAAAGUGGAGGAAAAAACGAAAAAGGAUGAGAAGGGAAGUGAGAAGAAAAAGAAGAAGAAGAAACACAAGAAAGAGAAGAAAAAGAAGAAAGAAAAGAAGGAGAAGAAAUAUGAGAGACUUGAAGAGUCAGAUAGUAGCGAGGAAGAAAAGAAGAAGCGAAAGAAAAAGAAAGACAAAAGCCGUGGUAGUGAUAAAGUUAAUCAAGAACCUAGCACUGAAGAAAAAUCUAAAAGCAAAAAAUCCAAGAGAAAGCAUAAUGACGAAGAUGUCGUUUCUCCAAGUAAAAGGCCGUGCUUAGUGUCUUACGAUGAUUCAAGUUCCAGCUCCGGGAAUGAACUUGCUUCAAGUGGUAAAGAGAACAAGAAAUCGGAGAAAGCUGACUCACGAGAAUCGUCGAGGGAGUCUAGAGGUAGGUGAAAUUACAACACCAGGAAGCUUAAGCAACGAGGACGGCAAAAAAGCAAUUGGUUUAAAUAGGUAAAAAAAAAACAACAACAACUUUGCAGGUGCAUCACGUUUUUUGUGCAUUUCUUUGCAGUCACUGCGUGACUACGACGUGAAAUUGCCUAAUUUCACGUUUUGUGGAGAACGUGAACUCAAGCUAACGACUUUGCUUUUCUUUUCCUGAACUUCGAUACAGUCCUUUAGAAUUCAACUCCAGAAAAAUUUGCCAACAUUUGACGAAUUGAACGAGAUGGAAUAAGCGCGAUUAAGUUUGAAGCAGCUCGAUGUGACCUCUUAAGUGACGUUUUCGUAUCCGUCGCCGUCGUUAGUGCUUAAGCUCCCUCAGACCAUUUCGGUCCGAGUUGCCCCAGGCCUCUGUUUCAAAGCAAGGCUAAGUGCGACGCCAUUGAUAUGAAAUCUCAUGCAAAUGAAACUCGUUUUCACAAGAAAGUUUUUGCACUUAGCCUCGUUUUGAAAGUGAGGGUUUUUGGAACCCCGAAACGGCCUGUUUCAUGGUUCAUUUUUCAAGGCUCCGGUGUUAAGAACAUGUCUCGCAAUUUUUUUGCGUCGAUGCGCGACAAGUAAACGUGAAAAUACUGGGGCAAAAUAAAUAGUAUAUCCAAUGAAGUAUUUAUUAUUGAUUCGUGUGGUUUUAAUGGUUCAAAAGCUUCGGAAUUGAGACUGUACUUUCUAACAUUUCACUGAAAAUUAUGUCAGUAGUGGCGGACUUUCCUGAAAAUUAUGGACCGUUUACACAGAAAAACGACACAGCUGAAACAUGUUUUGUAUGCAAAAAUAUUGUUGCCUAGCCUGUGCUAGGGUUCAGACUCAUUGUAAGACAGUGCAACGAAAAGAUAAAAGUCCAAAAUAUGUAUAAAGAAAAAAUAAGAAAAACAGCGAGUUGUCCCCACUAUCUGAACAUCUGAAACUGGCUAAAACCAGCUGGAUUGAUACGCAAUUUUGGACAAGAGCUUUGUUUGUUUGUCUUUUUAUUUCAACCUUAUUUACACCCACUCUAAAUACUCCAGUUCCAGUAAUUUAUGACGAUGCUCCGAAGAAAAAACAUUGGGCACGGAGGGCAACGUGGGAUGGAUCACGUGCUUCAUCUGCUGUUGAUCAGUUGCUAAGCAGCAGUAAGGGUUUCCAUGGAUACGGUAGUUCAGGUGAGUAAAAUUGGCCAUUUUCCUUAUGGAUAAAAUAUUAAGUGAACUGGUACCAUAAAGUUGUUAACCUGAAAGAAUCGUUUUAGGAUUUAAGUUCAGAACUAUAUCGUAACACAGUAGUGACAUAAAUAAAGCUCAUCACAGCAUAAUAAACAACACCAUAGAAAAAUAACGACCAGUGGCUUUCAACAGGCCCUUUGCAGCUAGUCACUCACUUGAUACAAAGCCGCCAUGCUGGAGAGCUAGAAACGAGCAAAUGAAGUCAGCAUUUUAAAUGAUGUGAGCUCUUUUUUUAUUUCUGUCCCAUUGCGUCCCAUGCUCUCCAGACGGACGUUCUUGUACCACGUGAAUGACUACCCGUAAAGGGUAUAUUGAAUGUUUGCACUUUAAUAAACUUCAUUCACAGACUCCAAAAAUUAGAACCACUUUGUACAGCGCAAUAAACAGUACCACAAGAAAGUACUGCUUAGUAGCUUUCAUCGAAAUAGUCACACUUUAGGAUUUCAUUUACCGACUCCAAAUUUAGAACCAGCUUGUACAGUGCAAUAAACAGUACCACAGGAAACUACUGUUCAGUAGUUUUCAUUUGAAUGGUCACACUUUAGGAUUUCAUACAAUGGACUUGAAAGUUAGAGCCACCUUGUACAACAUAAUAAUUGUACCACAGGAAAGUACUGCUCAGUAGCUAUCACUUGAAUGACCGUGCCCUGGGAUCUCCUUCACAGGCACAUUUAUAUCAUGGAUUUGAUUGUAACACGCAUUUGAAUGUCUGCUUUCUUUCAGUAACAUCUUGGGAUGGCGGUGAAAACUCAGUGGACAACAGCGUUGGUGAAUCAGGCAGAAAACGACAGCGGAGAGACUCGUGGGAUGACGAAUACGACCGAGGAAAGGUAACGCUUUUACAGGGCAGAUGAACAGCAGGCAAUUACCAUGUGGCAUAGUUUCACAGCUGCAGUUUCCCUAGACGUAGCUCCGACUGUCACCAGCUGAUUGGUCAUCACUUGGUGUCAAUCAGAUUCCAUUGUUUUAUACCUUAUUACCGUUAAUUUUGCUUCAAUUUUGGUGACUAUGCUUAGAGCAUAAAAACCCUUUAAAUCAUCGUUCCAAGUCCAUCAUUUCAAUAACUUUGUUCACGCCUUUUUCUUGUUUAGUAUUAGAAAUAUGGUGUUUCACUGUAUAUUUCUCGGGAAAAAGGCGAUCAUUAUUACAUCAAAACACGGCACAAGGAUCUUGUUUCCCAUUACAAUCUUAAUCUGAGAAAACUUUAAGAAAAAAUCGAAAAUACAAACGAAAUGUGCUCGUGCCCCCUGGGCAUCCUAUAAUACUCCUUAAAUCGAAUUAAUUCAACAGUCCAGAAUAUCCCUAAAUUUAAGGACAGGGCCACCUGGUCACGCGACACUUUUCAACCAAUGAGAAGGCGCGCUUGUGGUUAUCAACAAACAAAUCAAAACAUCGCCCCAGUGCUCAAAAAUUUUCAGAACAACGGACGGAGUCGACGGACAGAAUUAAAGAUGAGCUUACGGUACUCGUCUAGGUUUCACGUACAUUUAAUAUUUCAAAGAAAACAUUUCAUGUAAGAGAAUAAGAGCAUUAUUCACUGCAAGGAAUCAUUGGGGUGUUCGAACUGAUUCCGGACGGAUCGCAGUGGUCGUGGCUUCACUGGCAUGGCUUGCAAGAUUUUUGAUAGAAACAAACUGGUCCCGUGUAAAAAUAGCCUUAGAGAGAGUGUGAAAAUUUGUUGAGAUCAUACUAAACAGGAUUGGUACUACCUUUUAGCUUCUACAGGACAAGAAUCAAAGAACCAGUCAUCAUAACAAGAAUAAAAAGUAGUUCAAAUUUAUUAAUUUUUCUUGUUUGUUUUUUGGUGUUGUUUCGUGUUGACUUCACGCAUCUGGUGCUUUCCUUGCUUGCUUUAGUACCUGCAAUGUUUUAAUUUGAUCCCAGAUUCAGUGCAUGUUGAAUGAGUAGCGAAAUACAUCAUUUACACUUGAAAUUUGCCUUCUUUCUUUGAUUGUUUUUUAACGGUGGAUGAACAUUUGGAGAAUCCAGCAACAUUAAAUCUUUCCAGAUUUGGUGAAUUUCAGAAACAAAGCGGUUAGUAUCUACCUUGCGUUUAUGAUCUUCAAUUUCAUCCCCACAAAUUCGGCAAAGUGAGGCGAGAUGUUGGACGUGAAUAUCCAUUAGACUAACAAAGUUGUUUUGGCCUUGAAAAGAAAAAAGGCAAAGGCUCGUAAUAAUGCGAAAAAAAGUAAUAACACGGCUCUGUGAGAAACCCGGGAAUAGAAAACGUACGUGUUUUGGACCUCGGAAUUCAAAACUGGUCUACCAAAAUUCUAGGUUGUCUACCAUCCCCUCAUUCAACAUGAUAAACGUUAAUCGAUAUGACAAUCAAGGAAAAAUAUCUAGAACUUCGUAAAAAAAAUCUGUGAAUCGAAAAAAUAAUAGAUACUUGUUCACCUACCUUGAAAACCGACCAAAAUCUCGCCCAUAUAUCGCGUUGUUUAAAAGAAGAAAUAAGCCACAAAAUGUGCUGAAUAUUUCACGAGACACUUCCAAUAUGGCUUCCGAUACGCUAUCCACUUGAAAAAAUUCUGUAUGCCUCAUGAAAAGUCUUAAAAAUAUGCCUGAGUGCCUCGAAACGAUGACUGAUUCUGUCCGACUCCGUCCACUGUUUUGAAAAUAUUUGACCACAGCGGCGAUGUUUUGAUUUGUCUGUUGAUAAACACAAGCGCGCCUUCUCAUUGGUUGAAAAGUGUCGCAUGACCAGUUGGCCCUGUCCUUAAAUUUAGGGAUAUUCCGGACUGUUCAAUAUGGCCCCCGUAUCUGUAAAAAGGUGUAUUGUCCACUAUCAAGUUAGACACAGAUCGGUUAAUGUAGUAGGGUGUAUUUUUGACAGUUAUUUAUUAUUAUUAUUAUUAUUAUUAUUAUUAUCAUUAUUAUUAUUAUUAUUAUUAUUAUUAUUAUUAUUAUUAUUAUUAUUAUUAUUAUUAUUAUUAUUAUUUCAUUUAGGAGAAGAAAAUUAAAAAGAAUAAGGACACCAGCGAAAGACACCGGAAAGGAAAUCCCUUCCAGCAAGAACACGAGAGACGGAGCUCAAAACAGGUGCAUUUUUUUCAGUGUAGAGGUGAUUUGUUACUUAUGACAAUACAAGGCUUUUGUCGUUUACAAAACAGUUUGGUCACGAAAUUUUAAGCAGUUUUUAAAUGUCACCAAAAAUCGGCGUAAAUGUAAAAACAGGCACGCAGAACUUCUGGUGAAGCCGAAAAAAAAUAGAAAUGCCUAAAGACGAUGCGGAUUAAUGUGCGGAGAAGGUUAAAACCGACUGAAUUCAGGUAACCUUAAAACGUUGGCCCGAUUUUUCCAAGUAUCUUUCAGUUCGUUUGAAAAUACAAUGUACAGAGCUUGGGAGCUAUCAGACUUUGUGCACUUUUGCAGGUUUAAAGUCAAGAACAAGAUGCUUCUCAUGAAGCGUAAAGUUUCGUGUCAUGAUCUUAAUACGUUGUUGUGGGUUUGUUUUCCAGGGCUUCAAAGAUCGUUUUUCUCGACAGCUGUCAAAGAACCACAAGUCGCAUCAUGGCCACUUUCGAUCGCAUUCCUCGCGAAAACACCGGAGGAUGUCCAGUUGAAGAGAAAUACAACUAACUGUCGUGAAACAACAGUACCAUUACCAAACUUAGCACUUUUUGUGAUCAAAAAGUUCCAAAAAGUUCCGUAGGGGAUAGCUUUCCCUCAACAUCUUUGCUCUGGCAAAGAGAAUAACUCUAUAACUGCCAGCCUUCAGUUAUUUUUUAUAUAUAUUGAAUGAGCGUUUCUACCUAUAUUCGUGAGGUCAUUCCGCUUAGUUUUACUCCACAAGACGACGUCACUAAGGGUAUUUUUCAACCGUAUGAGGACCUUUGUACGCGGUGAUGGCCCAUGGCUCUUAGUUGUCCUCGCACUUUUAUCCCAUUCUGUGCAUUUUUACCACACAUUUGUUGGGAGAAUCUUACCUUGCUCGUUUUUCUGUUUAAUCUUAUCAUUUUGAUAUUCAUUUUUCUUCUUAAGAACAAAAGGAACAGGUUUCUACGCACAAAAUUCAUUCAAGUAGUCAUAUCAGUUGAACUGAGCUCAGUAUUUUCAAACAGAGACGCCUUGUACAAUAUGCCGGAUUGUGUUUCUAAAUUAGCUGGUUUAAACUUGCAUAAAUGCUGAGUUUUAAGAUGGUAUCUGUGAUACCGAGUUAAAAUAGACUGCAAAACAUUCCAUAUUUUGCGUACGCGUGAGCAGUCAAACAAAAGGUCUAGAACGAGGCUGAAAACAGAGAGCGAGACUGGGUUUUUUUUCUCUCUCCUCAAACGCCCUACGGGCGUGUGAGGCUCGCGCGCUUCGCGCGCGUAAGACUCUUACUCCACGCUUUUACCGAUUUCUUUACUGAUUUUCGGAAGAAAACCGACUGUUUUGCAGUCUAAGUUAAAAUUAUUUGACAAAAAUUUUUCAAUGCAUUAUUGUAUUUGAAUUGUCGCAGUGUCCAUUCCAAAGUUUAGAGAACGGCCAACUCUCUCUAAUCCAGACAGUGUCCAGAUAGCGUCGGUUUCGACACUAAGUGUUUAUUUUGGAAAGGUGUUGUCUUGUAAAGAGUCAAAGAAAGUAAAGAAAGGCAGAGCCCACCCUAGAUGCCCCUCUUAGAGAGGUUUCUACUACCCUGCGAGAGGUUUCUUUCCAGUAUGCCCUUUAGCAUUUACGAAAUCGUUCGCGUCGCUGUCAGUCGCGUAGUUGGUUCGGUUACGUCUCUUCGUAAAUGCUAAAAGCCAUGCCAGAUAAAAAAAAGCCUCUGCUCGCAGGGUAGGUUUCUACUUUAGGGGGUAAAAAAAAAAAGACUCUGGAACAGUAGGGACCAAUUCUAGGUGUGCGUUUUAAAGAGAUGUCUAUUGAGAGAGUUGGCUAUAUAGUUAAACCGUUGUAAUAAAGACACUUGGCGAGUAACGUUUCAAAAGAAUUUUGCUCUCGACGAGAUCAAGCGAAUUGCUUGAAAGAAUGUUGGUAUUUUACAAGUGUAUAAAGGAGAGGUUGUUCGACUGUUAUAAUUUCCUUUUCGUAAAGAAGUUACAGUAUUUACUCGAUUAAACGGCGCGACGGUAAUUUCUCAUGCGGUGUUUAUUCAAGGGUAGCGUUUAUUUCAAAAGCAUUGGCGACAAUUACAGUAAAUCAUUGAUUAAUAUUAUGUAAAACACAAAGGUGUUUCAAGUUUCAAAAUCUCGCUUUUUGCUGAGAUAGAAUAUGGUGCAGUUUACCAAGUUGUAUGGAGUUUUAAUUUCUUACAAUCCUCGAAUAAACGCCGCGUUAUUUUGAUUGGAUUCUGAAUGACGUUUAUGUACAUUUUUUUUCCACCAUCUGCGGUGUUCAAUCGAGUAAAUACGGUAUCCUUCCAUAUCAAGUCACAUUUUUCAACAUUAUAUCUAAGUACGAGUUGGGGAAGAAACAAGUAACUACGUUGAAAUUCGCCACUGCAGUAUCUCUAGGGACAAGGACGUUUUCGGCGCUACGAUUCCUGGGGCCGUUUUGAGUCAGUGUCCAGCGUUUUUUUGUCUUGACUGGUUAAUGGUCUCCAAGGUAACCGUUAACCAAUCACAGCUCAUAGGGUAUCACAAUCGAUUUCAUGAAUAUCGCCGGUAGCAAAAACAAAAUUUUCAGCGGGCUUUGGAGAAUUAUUUGAUUCUUUGUAUUUAUUUUAAAGCGAGUUCAA